AUGCACCAAAGGAUACCCUUGGCGGAGGAGGAUUUUAACAACCAAUUGAACAGGAUGACACGUUUUGUGGUAACUAAUCAUACUCCAUCUCCACCUACUCCCAAUGGGAUCAUGAACAAAGUGGCCAUGGCGAAAGUACCUAGAAAAGGCUAUAAAGAAAGUUCAAGUAUAAAGAUCCAGGCCUGGUGGCGAGGUACACUGGUGCGCAGGACGUUGCUGCAUGCAGCCCUCAGGGCUUGGGUCAUUCAGUGCUGGUGGCGGCAGAUGCUGGAGAAGCAGCUGGAGAGAAAGCAGAAGGCAGUCCUGAUUACUUAUGUGAAGAAAGAGUGGGCAGUGGUUAAGCUCCAGUCUUUGAUCCGUAUGUGGCGCAUCCACUGGAGAUACUGCCAAGUACUCAACGCUAUCAAUGUCAUCCAGUGCCACUGGAAAUACCACACUUGCCAGACUUGUGCUGUCCUCCGGGGUCACUGUGUGGUCACAACUACUCACCUGCAGUUCCGUAUCGAGAUCAUCAAUCCCUAA